GAGGGCGGCGGCGCGAGGAGAGCGGGACGCGGGCGGCCCGGGCCGGGGGUCCCGUCUCCCGGAGCCGGACGGACGGGCCGGGCCCGGAGCGCCGCCAUGGGCCCGGGGCCCCCGGGGGCCGGAGCGGGGGCGCCCCCGCGGCCGCUGUCCCUGGCCGCGCGGCUGAGCUACGCCGUGGGCCACUUCCUCAAUGACCUGUGCGCGUCCAUGUGGUUCACCUACCUGCUGCUCUACCUGCACUCGGUGCGCGCCUACAGCUCCCGCGGCGCCGGCCUGCUGCUGCUGCUCGGCCAGGUGGCCGACGGGCUGUGCACGCCCCUCGUGGGCUUCGAGGCUGACCGCGCCGCAGGCCGCUGUGCCCGCUUCGGCCCGCGCAAGGCCUGGCACCUGGUCGGCACCAUCUGCGUCCUGCUGUCCUUCCCCUUCAUCUUCAGCCCCUGCCUGGGCUGUGGGGCCGCCACGCCCGAGUGGGUUGCCCUCCUCUACUACGGGCCCUUCAUCGUGAUCUUCCAGUUCGGCUGGGCCGCCACACAGAUCGCCCACCUCAGCCUCAUCCCGGAGCUCGUCACCAGCGACCACGAGAAGGUGGAGCUCACGGCUCUCAGGUACGCCUUCACCGUGGUGGCCAACAUCACCGUCUACGGCGCUGCCUGGCUUCUGCUCCACCUGCAGGGCUCUCCCCACAUGGGGCCCGCCCAGGAUGCCAAUGACCAGCUGGGGGUCCAGGACGUGCCAGUGUUCCGGAACCUCUCCCUGUUGGUGGUGGGCAUUGGAGCUGUCUUCUCACUGCUGUUCCACCUGGGCACCAGGGAGGGGCGCCGGCGGCAGGUGGAGGAGCCGGAUGAGCACAGGCCCCUGUUGGCCCCCGCCACCGCCCGGCCCUUGCUGCUCUGGAAGCACUGGCUGCGGGAGCCGGCCUUUUAUCAGGUGGGCUUGCUGUACAUGAGCACGAGGCUGAUUGUGAACCUGUCCCAGACGUACAUGGCCAUGUACCUCACCUACUCCCUCAACCUGCCCAAGAAGUUCAUCGCCACCAUCCCGCUGGUGAUGUACGUCAGCGGCUUCCUCUCCUCCUUCCUCAUGAAGCCCGUCAACAAGUGCAUCGGGAGGCGCAUGACCUACUUCGUGGGCCUCCUGGUGAUCCUGGCCUUCGCAGCCUGGGUGGCGCUGGCAGAUGAGCUGGGCGUGGCUGUGUAUGUGGCGGCCGUGCUGCUGGGCACGGGCUGUGCCACCAUCCUCGUCACCUCACUGGCCAUGACGGCGGACCUCAUCGGCCCCCACACGCACAGUGGAGCCUUCGUGUAUGGUGCCAUGAGCUUCUCGGACAAGGUGGCCAACGGGCUGGCGGUCAUGGCCAUCCAGGGCCUGCACCCCUGCUCCUCGGAGCUCUGCUGCAAAGCCUGCAUGGCCUUCUACCACUGGGUGAUGGCGGCCGUGACGGGCGGCGUGGGCGUGGCUGCCACCCUGGCUCUGUGCAGCCUCCUCGUCUGGCCCAUCCGCCUUCGGAGCUGGGACCCUGGAUCCCAACCCUGAUGUCGCCCCAUGGUCCCUCGCCCUUUGUAAACUAACGGCGACUGUGAACAUUCAUGCCCGAGUGGCCUGGAGCGGCCCCUUAGCGCCUCUGAUCCCACUCCUGCAUCUGUCCUGUUCCGCCUGGCUGCAGGGGGCGGGGCGAGGGGCGUGGUCAGAAUGGGCGGGAUCCCAGCAGCUUAUCCCCUCCAGGGCGGGGACACCGAGCUAGGCCCUCUGGUAUCCAGGGGCUGGUGGGGUCCUUGUGCAUUUCGGGUACCCCAUUCCCAACUCUAACUCGCCCCCCACCGUCUGGAUGAUCUGGGGGUGCUGUGUUGUGUGAAGGCCGGAUGUGAGGCUCCUGGGUGCAGGGGCCGCCCCAAGCUCAGCCCCAGCCAGCUUAGGGUCUCCUGGGUGCUGCCAGGCCCUGGAGGACGGAGCCGUCGCUGAGCCCGCCAGGGCCCCAGCCUCGGGGUGAGGGGGCCAGGCUCCGACCCUGACCGUGGGGGCGGCAAGGCUCAGCAGGCCGGGCUGGUGGCCCGAGAGCGGCUCCCUGCGCCCAGGCCAUGGCUGUCGGCCUGGGGCCCGGGGCCGGGGGAGCCGAGGGCAGGAGAGGGCGUCUGCCUGCCUCUGCCCUGGCGCUGGGUCCCCAGG